AUGCCGCCCCCACCCAACCCUAGGCGAAUCGCCCCGAGGCCAGUAUACCUCUUCGCCAAUCUUCCCGUCGACAGUGCCCUCCAGUCCGCUGAGAUGAUGUUGAUCGGGUGUACUGCGACGGCCGAGAAGCCUACACGGCGGGGCAACAAGAGGCCCGUGGACAAGUUUCGCACGCCAGUCCACUUCUCCUGCAAGAUCUGCUUCGACCGCCCUCGCGACACGGGGUGCUGGGUCGAGGCACUUGUCGUCGCCCGCGUCGGUGGGUACUUCGAGCCACCCGGCAACUGCCACUACUGCGGCACGUGCGGGUGCGAGUGCUCUCACAAAGCGUACUACCUGGCUUUCAUCGACUCGUAUACCGUCGUGUUUGUCAACAAGGCGACGCUGACGGUGAUCCAAACGCAAAGCACCGAUGCCGCCGGCGAGCUGAGUAUCAAGCUCCCCCCGCGCAGCAUGCGCGACAAGCGCAAGCGCGUCAAGCCGACCGCAGCACAGAUCGCCGAGGCGGCCCGGAACUUCGUCAAGGACGAGCCCGACAGCGAGGACGACACGCCGCGCCGGUCAAGACGCCGCACCAUGGCUCAGGGCGAUCGCAGCCCCAGUCCACCUCGGUACUCGCGCGCUCUCCGUCGGCUGAAGGGCGAGCCGAGCCCCGAGCCGAGUGCGACUCCGCCACCCAGGCGCCCGCUGAUGCACGAGCACCUCCGCGCGAUCCAGGACGAGCUCGACGCCCAUGCAGAAGAGAAGAAGCGCUGGGUAGCCGAACGCGCGCGCCUCGGGCCCGACUCAGCCGCAGUGCAGGCCGACCAGAGGAGGUACGCUGCCGACCGGAAGGAGUGGGACCGCGAUCGUGAGGCGUUCGAGGAGAAGGAAGCCGAGUGGGAGGACGAGCGGGAGGCGUUCGCGACGCGCGAGGCGGACUGGAAGCGUAAGAGCACGUCGUUCGCCACCCGUGAAGCGGAGUGGGGGCGCGAGCGGGCGUCACUGCUCGCGCAGCAGAAGGCUUGGGAGCGGGAGAAGACGGGGCACGUGGCGGCUGCGGCAGAAUCCAAGGCGGAGAUGGCCAAGAUGCAAGCCGAUUUGGACAAGUUCGCGGCCGUGAAGCGUUUGAUGGACUCGUACCUACCUGCCCACCUCAAGUGUCCGUCGUGCCGCGUGAACAAGCUUGCUUCAUGCGACGUCGAGGCCUUCAAGGUCGCCCAGGCCGGUGGCUACUUCCACCGCCAGCGGUGUCACAACUGUUACUGCGGUCAUAUCCGGUGCAUGGGGAGCACCCGCAAUGCCGGCGUCUUCAUCGCCUUUCGUGAUUUUGACACCGUGGUCCUUGUUGACCAGAAGACCAAGGAGAUUGUGAAGAUGGACGAGGGCGAGGACGACGACCACGACCACGACGCAGGCGACCACCACGGCCUUCCUCUCCGAGCGUCCUCCACCCCCCCGCCGCAGCCCCACCCCACCGACGACCCGCCGCGACAUCACCCCGCCACCUCGGACAUCAAGGGCGAGACUGAGCUGGCAAAAGACGACCCCUUCGCUUCUGGCCUGCGCAUGAUCCAGCAGGGCAUCAACCAGCACACGGCAGACAAGGCGGAGUGGACCGCCGAGCAUGAGCGCCUCCUGUCGCUCAUUGCCGAGAUGGAUCGCAACCACCAGGCGGAGCGUGUGGUUUGGGAGGGCGAGCGUGCCGGUAUGGCGGCCCAGAAGGAAGAGCUUGCUGCUCUAAAGGUUGAGAACCAGCAGCUCAAGGCACAGGCAGAGCAGGUCAACCAGGUGCGAGGUGCUUGGAUCACACUGCAGGGCGCGUUUGGUCGCGAGGGAUGA